GCAGGGGAGGAUGGCCCAGGUACUUGGCCCCUGCACCCCACGGGAGACCAGGAAAAGCACCUAGCUCCUGGCUUCAGAUCAGCACGGUGCGGCAGCCAUUGGAGGGUGAACCAACAGCAAAGGAAGACUUUUCUCACUGUCCACUCUGUUAAAAAAAAAAAUACCAAACAACUUUGGUCUUGACAACUCUGGACACUUUUAUUCACAUUUUAAUAUGAGGAAACAAGGACACAGGUUACUCAGCCGUUUGUGUGCAUGCCACUAAUGUUCUUGCAGGUAAUUCUGAAGCCACGUGAGCAUGAGAUGAUGGCUAUUUUUUUUUUUUAACAGGCAGAGUGGACAGAGAGAAAGGUCUUCCUUUUUCUGUUGGUUCACCCCCUAGUGGCCGUUUUGGCCGGCGCGCUGCUGCCAGCGCACCGCGCUGAUCCAAAGGCAGGAGCCAGGUGCUUCUCCCGGUCUCCCAUGUGGGUGCAGGGCCCAAGCACUUGGGCCAUCCUCCACUGCACUCCAAGGCCACAGCAGAGAGCUGGACAGGAAAAGGAGCAACCGGGACAGAACCCGGUGUGCCAGCGCCGCAGGCGGAGGAUUAGCCUAGUGAGCCGUGGUGCCGGCCUGAGAUGAUGGCAUUGUGAACAUUCACAGUCACAUUUGAGACCCCUUGGCUUUUCCAAGCAUCUGCCAAUACCAAGAAAUGUAUAAUUAGUUACAGUAUGUAUGAAAAAUAGGAUUUUUAGUGGAGGUGUAAUUGAAGGCCUUGCUAAUUUCCCCAGACUAAUAGACUGUAUCAAGAUAUUUUGUGAUCCUGUAGUGUUUUACUGUGUUUUGUGUAAUCUAAAAUUUUUGUGUUUUAAAAUAAUGAUCUGGCUCUUUCCGCCAUCUUGGAGCCUGUGGAGGCCUGCAGGGAGCAGGACUUCUAGAAGGCAGCUAUGUCUGGAAGACUGUGGUGCAAGGCCAUUUUUGCUGGCUAUAAGCGAGGUCUCUGGAACCAAAGGGAAUACACGGCACUGCUUAAAAUUGAAGGUGUUUAUGCUCAGGAUGAAACUGAAUUCUACUUGGGCAAGAGGUGUGCUUAUGUGUACAAAGCAAAGAACAACACAGUGACUCCUGGCGGCAAACCUAACAAAACCAGAGUAAUCUGGGGAAAGGUAACUUGCGCUCACGGAAACAAUGGCAUGGUUUGUGCCAAAUUCCGAAGCAGCCUUCCUGGGAAGGCCAUUGGACACAGAAUCCGUGUGAUGCUGUACCCCUCAAGGAUUUAAACUAUUGAAAAGUAAAUAAAUAAAAGUGGAUUUGUUAAAAAAAAAUGCUCUGAACAUUUUGCCUUGAAAUUUAAGUUCAGUUACUUAGUUGCUCUGGAGACUAGUUUUUUAGUUUUCUAAAAAAUUUUAUUUAUGGGGCCGGUGCUGUGGCGUAGUGGAUAAGACUGCAGCCUGUAGUGCUAGCAUCCCAAAUGGGUACCAGUUUGAGUCCUGGCUGCUCUGCUUCCGAUCUAGCUCUGCUAGGCCUGGGAAAGCAGUAGAGAAUGGUCCAAGUCCUUGAGCCCCUGCACCUGCAAUGGGAAGCCUGGAGGAGGCUCCUGGCUCCUGGCUUCAGAGCCAGGAGUAAACCAGUGGAUGGAAGACCUCUGUCUCUACAUCUGCAUCUGCAUCUUAAAAAUUUGAGAGAGUCUGCCCUGUGCUUGUUCACUCCCUAAAUACCUGCAAUAAUUGGUCUCCCAUGUAGGGUGCAGGAACUCAGUUACCUGGGCCAUUGCUGUUGCCUCCCAGGGGUGCAUUGGCAAGAAGCAGGGAAAUCACACAGGUAUGUUGACGUGAGACAUGGAGGUUAAACAGUGAAGAAAAAAACCUCAUUUGCCAGUCAAGACUUUCCCUCUCCCCACUUCGGAAGUUCUGUAAGACAACACUUUAACUGUGGUGAUUAUCAAGUUUUCGCAAAAUAAGUAAUGUGCUAACCUUAGGAAAUUUUGAGAAAGCCAAAGCAAAGUACAUACUUCUCAAAGCAUUCUUUAUUAAAUGGUUUAUUUAACCUUUUCUAAACUUAGUGUGCUUUUACUUAUAAAAACAUCUUUGUAUACAAUUUUAAUAGUUGAAUGUUUUCCUCCCAUUUUGUUUUCAAGGCAUAAGAGAUUUUUAAAGUCAGAAUUGGAUAUAUACUGUUUGUAAAAAUUUUCAGCUCUUCCUCCCCCCCCGCCCACCUCUGACAUAACAUUUGGGAUCGAAUUUCUUUUAUAAAUGUAUUUCAGUGACUGCAUGUACCAUUAAAUCCAUGUGCCAUAAUUUACAUAUUCCUUUCUUCUGAAUGUUUGGGCUAUUUUAAUUUUUCUAUAUUUUCAAAUUGGUGACCAUUCUUAUUUAUACUGAUUGUUUUUUCCAGUUCAUAAACUUGAAAAAUAUGGUGCUUAGAUUGAUGUGAUCAUAAAACUAGCUUUGUCCAAGUGACCACAAUGGCCUCUCUUGGGUUUUGAUUUUAUU